UAAAAAUUACUGCAUUCAAAUAAGAUAUACAGGGUGAUUGGAAAAUGUCUGGCCAAAAUUUAAAGGGGGUUAGAGGGGAAGAAUAUAAAAGGAUUCACAGUACAAUGCUUGUCCGGAAAUGCAGAAUUAAGGUGGUAGAGAGCACUGUGUAGGGUAGUUGAAACAAGCCAGCAAUGCAGGAAGCUGUCAUUCCCUGCUGUGAUUUCAUACAGCAUGCAGCACUUCACAAAUGCUGAACUAGCAGAUAUCAAUCUGAUGUAUGAAGCUGUGAACAGAAAUGGGAGAGCUGCACAAAGGUUGUAUAGGGAACGAUUUCCCAACAGAGAAAUACUGAAUCAUCAAACUUUCAAGCAAGUGCACAGACAGCUUCAUGAAAGUGGAUUCUUCAAUGCCAACAGACAUGACGUGGGCAGGCCUUGCUCAGCGAGAACAGUGCCAGUGGAAGAAGAUGUCAUAUGUGCGGUGGAGCACAACUUUCCACAAGCACGAGAGCUGUUUCCUGUAGAUUGGGUGAGACAGACACUUGUAUGGGAGAUUUUGCAUGCCAAAGGUAUGCACCCAUACCGUUUACAAAGGGUGCAGACAUUGAUACAGGCAGAUUUUCCUCUCUAUAUAAACUUUUCACAAUGGUACUUGCAACAGGCUGCUGUGCAGCCUGACUUCCCCCCUUAUUCACAGAUGACACAAUGUUCACUUGAGAGGGUGUGUUUAACAGUCACAAUGCUCAUGUUUGGAAAUAUGACAAUCCUCAUGCGACAAUACCUCAUGCUUACGAGCAGAGAUUUAGUGUUAAUGUGUGGGCAGGUAUGGUGCACAAAUACGUGAUUGGGCCAUAUAUCUUACCUCAUCACUUGGACGGCUCAAAAUACCUCAUCUUCUUGUAACAGGUC